UUGAGUAAGGCCAAUACUAGAAAACGACUAUUAGUGACAUGUGACUUUAGAAGUGAGACAUAGAUGUUUGGUGACAUUUACGUUCUUCCAUUUUGUGAGUAUCUUGUUUAAAGUUCUUUCGAAUUUAAGUUCAGCAGAGAUGGCACCCACUGCUGUUGGUAAGGAACCCAAACGGGUUGUGCAGCAUGGUAAACCAAGAAACUAUGACUUGGGUAAUGGAGUUCUCAGGUUUUCCAAAACCAAAAUGUUCCACAAAAAAGCUUUGUACAAGUUUAUUGGCAAGAAGGUGGAAGCCACAAAAAAAGCAGUAAAGCCUAUUGUUGUUGAAAAAUCAGUAGGAGGUGAGAAGAAUGGAGGUAAACGUUUUGUCCUUGUUACCAAGAGGAAAAAUUACUAUCCCACACAGGAUAAGAUCCGACCAAGGCCUGCCAAGAAAUGCUUUAAACAGCAUGUAAGACGUCUUAGAACAACUCUUACUCCUGGAACAGUACUCAUCCUGCUAGCAGGUUCCCAUAAGGGUAAACGUGUUGUUUUGUUGAAACAACUUUAUUCUGGUCUCUUGUUGGUUACAGGACCUUUUGGCAUCAAUGGAUGCCCCUUGAGGCGCAUAAGCCAGAGGUAUGUUAUUGGUACUCAGACUAAAAUUGAUUUGAGUGAUGUUAAGAUACCAGAACACAUUAAUGAUGAUUACUUCAAGAGGAUAAGGGAAAAGAGAGCCAAGAAAGAGGAAGGCGACAUCUUCCAAACCAAGAAAGAGGGAUACAAAGCUAGUGAGCAACGUAAAGAGGAUCAGAAGGUUGUUGAUAAACAGAUUCAUGAAGCAAUUAGGAAACACGCCGAUAAGAAAAUACUUUUAGCUUAUCUAUCUGCUAUGUUCGGUUUGAAAUCUUCUCAAUACCCACAUAGGCUCAAAUUUUAAUUUAAGACUCCAGUAUGUUAUGAUGAUUAAAUAUUGGAUAUAAAAUUA